AUGAAGUUCUCCAUUGCCGCCGCUGUUUUGGCCCUUGCCUCCGCUGUUGUUGCCCACCCCGGUGCUGGCUACGUCUCUACCCCCGAGAAGGAGGCCAACUUCCAGCAGAACUUCCAGAAGUUCGUCACUGCUUGCGGUAACGGCAACCAGGUCUCCUGCUGCAACACUGAGACCAAGAAGGUCGGCGCUCCCCUCACUGCCGGUGGCCUCAUCCCAAUCCUCGACAACCUCAACCUCGAGGACUUCUCCCUCCUCAAGGGUUGCUCCAAGGUCGACGUUGCUGCCGUCAUCGGAGUCCAGGACCUCCUCAACUCCAACUGCAAGACCCAGGUCUCCUGCUGCAAGGUUGGCGACACCAACCAGGUUGGUCUCGUCAACGCCAACGUCGACCUCAAGUGUGCUGCCCAGAACAUCAUCUAG